CUGGUGACUAUCGCGGGCCAAUAGUAGACAGGUGCCAACAUGGCUGCUACUGCACUGCCUCGUCUUAUCGUGACAUCGCCCUUUGUCCCGGCGGCGACAAAACUUUAAUUCACGCCGGACAGAUUCUGAACGGCGACGCGCGAGAAACGACAGCCUCCCUUUAAAUGGAACGGCGGACUUCAAUGGAAGACUUCAGCUAGCAAAAUGUCAACUCGUUCGCAGCUCACGAAAGAUCUGAACGAAUCGGUGAAAGCGCUACUUGGCAAGCAUGUGAAGAUACUGUUGAAAAACGUGGUGAAACUAGAAACCAAGCAGGAUAAACAGGAAAAUCGUGUUCUCGUAUUCUCACCAUGUCGCCUCUUUCUUCUAUCGGCCAAAGUACCCACAAGGAUCGACUGCCAUUUUCAUUAUUUAGAGAUAACAGCCAUAGAGUCCAAACGAGCGAAUCAGCUAUGUUUGACUGUCGGAGAACGGUAUUACAAUUUCACUACGACCAGUGUAGGCGGGGAUACCACGGAAGUAGACGCCAUGAUAGAGGCCUUACACACGGCAAUUCGAAAUAUCUUUCCCACGGUGCCGCUAAAUUACAUUAUACGAAAGAUAGAAGUAAUACCAGCUAGCAGAUUGCAAAGUAUACGAGGCAGUGAGUUGGCCAGGAGCACAGAAGCCACGAGACACACGGGUCCGUGCGGCGGUUUCUCCACUCAGUAUGCGUGCAUGUGCGACCUACACGGCGUGCCGUAUAGGGAGGAGGUGGCUUGGGACGUCGAUACGAUAUACCUGUCGCACGACACGAGGGAGCUGAAUCUGAGAGACUUCGAUCAUUUGGAUCAGAAGGACCUGGUGCCGAUCAUCUCGGCUCUAGAGUACAACACAUGGUUCACGAAACUGAGGGCGUCCCACCUCAAGUUGAGCCACGAGCCUUUGGAGCGAUUACUGCACGUAAUGCGGAGAUCCUUGUCCAUUCAGGAACUAUAUCUGGACAAUCUCGGGAUCAAAUGGGAUUUCGCUCACAAGCUGUCGUUGGCCUUAAUUUCUAAUGCUAACACGAUGCUGCAAACGAUAGAUCUGUCGCACAAUACGAUUGAGGACAAAGGAGCCUCUAGCUUGUGUGGGAUAAUAGCCAAGUUAAUGCAAGGUGGCACGCAUCUGAGCGGUCCUAUCGGCAAACUACCUAAGGGUUUGCAGAAGUUGAACCUGGCCCAUUGUGGAUUAACCGGCAAGGGUGUGGGCCAGAUAGCGCAUGCAUUAAGCUUGAACAGGAGCAUGCCGACUAGCUUGCGAUAUCUGAAUUUCUCGGAGAACACGUUGAAAGAUGACAUCAAUAAUCUGUGCAAUUUCUUGGCGCAACCUAACAGUCUAACGCACCUGGACCUUAGCGGUACGGACACUACCUUAGAAUGCUUAUUCGGUGCAUUGCUACGGGGUUGUGCAACUAAUCUAGUCCACUUAAACGUUGCCCGGAAUUCCUUUUCGAGCAAGAAGACCAAAGAGAUACCUCCGAGUUUUAAGCAAUUCUUCACGGCUACCCUCUCGUUGAAGUACUUAAAUAUAUCCUCUUGCAAACUACCGUUGGAGGCGCUGAAGCACCUGCUACUCGGCCUGGCGUGCAACGAAAGCACAGUUGGCCUAGAGCUCGACAUGAGCGGGAACAAUUUGGGCUCCAUGGGCGCCCACGUUCUGGAGUCGUGCAUUCAUGGGGUUCGAUGCAUAGCGUCGUUGGAUAUAUCGGACAGCAAUAUGGACGUGGAUUUGGCGCAAGUCGUGACGGCCGUGGGUAAAAACAAAUCGAUAAAGCAGCUGUAUAUGGGCCGCAAUACCGCCAGUAUGAAGAGCAAGCACAUAGCCGUGGUGAUGGACGCUCUGGUGCAGAUGCUUCAGGAGGACGACUGCGUGCUCCAAGCGUUGCACCUGCCCGAUUCCCGGCUGAAGGGCGACCUCUAUAAUCUGAUCAACGCUCUCGGCAGCAACACGUGCCUGCACACCCUCGACAUCAGCGGCAACCAGAUAGGCGAUCCUGGCGCGAGGUUGCUGGCGAAAGCGUUGCAGAUUAACAAUCACCUGCGGACCAUCAUAUACGACAAGAACAACAUCACGUUGCAGGGCUAUGCGGACAUCGUCCACGCUCUGGAGAAAAACUGCAGCGUGCGGCACAUGCCGUUCCCGAUCUACGAUCUACAGCCUUGCAUGAAGACUUCCGCAGAGAAGACGGAGCAACUGGCCAAGAAGAUACAGGACCUGCUACAGAGGAACGUAACGCCGUGCAAGUACAGCCAUGGGCAGGCGUUCAGAUUGCAGCAAGGAUUUCUCUUGAGCUCCACGCAACAGAUGGUCGACAGGCUCGUCGUGCAGACGCAGGACACCAUCAAGGCUUUGGCUGCUGAGAGCUGCGACGCUAAUAACGACAUCAAUUACGCGACCGGACUUAUACAGGACGCGGAUAAUUCCAAACAGUUAUUGCCAAGAUUACACGAGGUACUGCAAAGACGGGACGAAAAUAACCCGAUCGAGCUGAAGUUACACGAUAUGGCAAAUGAAAUUCACAAAGUCGUGACGGUAUAUCUACAGGAUUCUUUGGACGCGAUGCUGAAGUGCGUGAAUGAACAGUGUCCUACUAUACUCUCGCAAACAGUGAUCAGAGGCGAUGAGAGUGAGCCGAUCGCGGUGCAGGAUGAUCUUCGUAACACAUGCAAAGAGAAGAACCAAAUCAAUAAUGAAUUCAUACAUACCACCGUUACCGAACAAGCUGGCGCAGAUAUCGUUAAUAGAGUCAACGAGCUUAAUUUAGCAGUCGCAGCACAUAUAUCCGAUAGAAUUACGGAUGAAGUAAUCGAAUCAUUAUCGAGAAGCUAUAAAACUCUGAUCGGAGAUUAUGAUAGUCGAACGAGGAGCAGCACACCGGAUGUUCUACGACCCAGUGCCGGCUCGAUGAGCAGUGGAAGCGUGAUCGGUGUGACUAGCGCGAGCGGUGUAUCUAUGACGUUACCUCCUGGCAGAGCCAGUCUCGUCUCUGAAGAAGAUUGUCCACCUGAAACAUGCUCGUUGGCAAAUUCCAUUGGCCAAUGCGUCAGUGAUCAGUCGCCGAUGAAGUUGGACUACCUUAAUCUGGCGACGCCGCAUCUAUCGAAUAAGCGUAAGAGUCUGCAUGGAAGAAAACUGAGACCUAAAUCCGUGGUGGAUUCGGUGGAGGGUUUGUCCGCCGACGAUAUCCCGGAUCUCUUGCCGUCGCUGCCAAAAAGCCAAGCGGAAGCCAUCUCGGAAACUGAGCACUCGUUGACAGAGUCUCUGGACUCCGUCUCGGAAUUGCCCAAUACCGUAGGUCAGCAACUUCAGCACCUCGUCAAGUCCAGGCCGCGCAGAACGAAGACGAGAGCACCCACGAGACCGAUGUUACGGCCGGAUCAGCCGAUCGACGGUCUCGCCCUAGGCGAAGGUCUCGACGUGUUCUUCCGACCGACCACACCGACCACGCCUUUGAUAUCACCCACGAGUGACGACAGCUCUCUGCACACCUUCCCGACAGACGGCAGUCCUAAUCUGUCGUUGACCAGCCACAAGAGCAUCCCGCCGGACAUGGAGAAGAAGCACAGCUGCAACUCGCCGAUGCUGAAGACGCUCUUAGAACCAGCGCCGCGUUCACGGUCCAGCGACAAUCUGGAAAAAUUCUCACCUCUGGUCGGCAGAAGGUCUCAGGGCGACUCACCGCUGACCGCAUCGCCGCUCGCCCGGCGCAACACCACCGACAGCGCCCAGUCCCAUGAGAGGUCCACCGCGAAAGGCGACUCCUUCGCGAAGGAAAUGUGCAACAGCGGCGCGUUUAACGACGCGAGCGAUGAUUCUAAGCGCAGCACCUUGACGAACGUCUCCAGCAUGAGUCCGCGCGGCUCGCGCGACAUCGACGACAGCUUCGCGAGCACGUCGGACAGAGACACGUCGCUAACGCUGUCCAAGGAGCAGGACAGCCGCAAGAGCGUCAUGAAAAAGUCCACCACUGACACCACGGACAAGUCGUCUGUGAAGCUACGCUCCACCGGCUACGAUCUGAGGAGUCCCAUAAACGGCAGCGGCGGCGUCAAGAGCAUAUCUACCGCCGACUCGGCUAAGUCUCCGGUGCUGAAGCCGUUGGCGAAGAGCAGCGGGUCUACGAGCGACGGGAAGAGCAACGGCGCAUUGUUGAAGAACAAGCCGACCCCGCCGGCGACAGCUCCUAAACCGCGGCCGUGGAGCAUGACUACUGAUCGGAAAUCUGGUGAAUUCAGUCUGUUGAGCGACGGCUCCAGCCCGAAUACCUCGGCCGGCAACACACCGGAUUCCGGCGACGCUCUCGACGAGUCUACCGACAGUGGUGUCAGCGGUCCAGCCUCCUUGCCGCCGACGUUAUCGGCGAGCAGCACCGCGAGCUCGUUGAGUAACAACAGCGUUGAGAAGAGAUCGGUGAGGGAACUGGCGGCCAGCCUGAACAAGAGUAAGGCGGACAGGAAGGAGAACGAGCAUACCGCACCUGCAGCAUGGCGGUCGUUGCUUCAGCGUUCUGUCGACCGAGCGGACGCCAAGGUGGUAACGGAAGUGCCGAGAAUGGCUGAGGAGAGCCGUCUCAGCUUUAAGCUCCGUCGCACGUCAUUCCUGCGCGACUCAAAUUUCAACUACAACAACAACGACGUGGUGGACGUUUGAUGAUCGGGAGCGAGCGGCCGGCGAAUCGACGAGCCCCACUACGCACUCACGGAGACAGCAUCGUCUUCUCCUCUUCCUCCGUGCGCCGUGCAGAGCCGAUACACAUGGCACACAGUAACAGUACUUCACGUCUUCGUGCCAUAGGAUGGUCUCACUGUGUUCUUCUCUGUGUACAUACCGUGCGGUUUUACCAUUAGCGACAGGGUACCGAGAGUUUUUACAGUACUACGGCAGCACUAAUCUGUUGUUGUAUAAGGUGGCAUUAGAGAUCUUAUGGUCUAGUUUUAUAUGAUGUUGCGUUUUCUACGCGCACGGCCAUAUAUUUCGACUUAAUCGUCAUCGGAUACGUGUUCUUCUUCGCGAUUCACGCUUCAUACGUUUCGUUUGACGAGACCGAUUUUGCAUUUUUUCAGUAAACGCGUCCCGACCGAGUCUCUCCCUCUCGAGUCGUUGAGACUAAAGGGGGGAGGGGGUGAAACUAUACUUCCAUUUGCGAGCAACGUCUCAUUCCGUUGAUUCGAUUAAUGGAUCAGCGAUUAUUCGUUAGCGUUGUCAGUGAGAGUGGGUGUUGGCAAAAAGUUCUAUUCUUUGAGGAUUCAUUUGUAAAUACUGCAGUAUAUAUAUUAUUUGUCUGUGCAUUUUAACAGCGAGAAACUUCUAGAAUAGGCGAACCACGUUCCAGCGAGAUUAGAUAUUGUAGAGCCUCACAUACCAGUCUCAUCUUUGCGUAUCGGAUGUUAAGGCCAAAUCACACUAGCGAUUGCGGAUUGGACCGCGGUUGGCGAUUACUCAUCAACCAAUCAGAGCAAAGCAGCCACUGAUUGAGAUUAGUGACUGGGCUGUCUAGAAAAUAUUCUAUUUUAUAAUCGUCAAUUUAAUCGGCAGUGUGAUUUGAGCACCUUUCUGAGCAGCAAUGACGAUCCGAGUAGUGUGAUGCCAGUAUCACACUAGCAAUUGUUAAUUGCGUCCAUAUCUGCGCCCUCGCCUACGAUCGUCCCUUGGAUCGAAAAAGAGCCGCUGGCGAUUUGAUUGAUCAAGAAGUACAGACGCAAUCGACAAUCGCUAAUAUGAUAUGGGCUUAACGCGUCGGUUAGGAAAAAAAAAGUACAGGCGUCUUCCAAGAUCGCGUUUUCGAAGUCGUGUGACAUCAAAAUGUCGUACACGUGUGGUUCCCUUUCGUUCGAACAGAGUAUGCGGUAACGUUCAUUCCGCAACUCGCGCUCUCUUUUGUUCCCAGUGCAACAUGUGUGUCCUUAAACUGUGAUUGACUUGUAGAACUGUUCACACGUGCGCCCGUCGCAGUUUUUACUACGGUGACACAUUCUACCGUCUGUAAAGGUUUGCGUCCACGAUGUCAGGCCGAGUUGUUGGCCGGAUAUAAAAGUUACUAGAAACUGCUGGAAAUUUACUAACAUUUUAGUACCUUUCAAGCAUACACCAACAUAAGUAUUAGAUCUUGAUCCGAGAUCUAGCAUCGUGGACAUAAACCCUAAGAGACACAGAUGAAAUAUUAGUACGGGUAUCAAUGGCAGCUCUCUCGCAUCUGUUACCAUAUUGGUGCAGCUAAUGAUUCUCCUUUUACCGAACUGGAAUUAAUUAGGUGUGACGAAGCGGGACGCUCUAGCGGAUAGUCCGGUUCCGUUGCGUGCUAUCGGUCUCGAUCUUCGUCGUUUCGAUUGCAGAAGUUGUACGGCGGGGAGCGAAACGGCUUAGGCGCAGUGCAGUCCAAUGACCGUCGCCUCCAACUUCAGUGUGACUAAACCGUUUUGGCCCACCACUGUGCACAAACCGGCAUAAUAGCGUUAUCAUGUAGUAUAAUUACUAAUAUUUUCCAAUUACACAUACAUAUAAUGUUUUUUUUUAACUCAGUUGGCUACUAAUUCAGAAAAUUUACAUACACAUUGAAGCGUAUGAAAGGUGCAUACAUAUGAGAUUUUCACGCUUCAGUGUGCGUAAUUUCUUGAACUAAUGCGGCCAGUUCAGCUAGAAAGAACAAUUGUUUUUGAAGGUAAAACUGUUGCAGUUGUCAUUUUGACACAUCAUUCCUGCGUCUUCGAGCGAUUAAUAAAGAAUUUAACUAAUAUGCGUGCUAUUAAGAAAAUUUCAACAGGCUAGUUGUACGACACGUUAGGGCUGUUACGCCGGUAAAAAAAUGUGCGUAAAUCGAUCUCAGCUUUCAGUAUUGCAGCAUAACUCGACGUAACUCUUUUCUUGGAACGGGUUAAUAGGUAUUCCACGACGGGGACUCGACCCAACGAAGAUCACUUGAUAAUCGCCGUGAACGUAUAAACUUACGGAAAGUCGCGCAGUCACUUGUCGAAGAUUGGUUCAAUACUGAAAUUCCUCGCGUCGCGGGAUAUUCGGACGGUAUUCUCCUGUCGCGAUGAGAACGCACAUUCUUCAGGACGCGAGCGUUCUCGGGCUCGGUGCAGUUUUACGAUUAAUCUUGUGUCGACGAUGUGUGUAUUUGUCUUUUUAUAUAACGAUAAACAAAACGCUUGUACAUACGUAUGUAAAAAGUAUAGAUUUACGUGUAGGUAUAGGUAGUGAAGGGUGAAAGAAGUAUGUAUUAAAUAACCCGUAGGGAUUCGCGAUUCUUCGAGAAGGAACGCGCGAGAGAUAGAAAACAAUAACACGGAUUUUGAGACAUCUUGUGAAUUUUUUUACCGCUUAUCUACCAUCUCAGACCGUGUAACACAUUGACAUUACACACACUCACACAACACACACACACACACACACACACACACACACACAAAAUGGUCCCUUAUAUUAGGAGACAUGUGAUCGUUGCAUUUUAUCAUGGCAUUAAACGAAAAGAUAGAUAGAGAGAACGAAAGAAAGAGAGAGAGAGAGAGAGAGAGAGAGAGAGAGAGAGAGAGAGAGAGAGCGAGAGCAAGCAUUCUUCCUCUAACGUUAAGCGCGACCGAGUAUUAAAACUUUAAAAAACGAAAGAAGAUUGUGUGUCAAGAUGAGAAACUUGCGUGUGUGUGAGUUUAGUGUAUACCCGCGCGCCGCACAUGUGCCAGUAAGACAUAUACUUAAUCUGCGUAAACGUGACUGUUCAACGUACGUACGAAAGAUGCGUUAGACAGCCAUGUGUAUACAUGCGGACACACACGGAUCUACGUGAGACGUCAUAGACGAAACAUCCGGGAAAUACUCGAUUCAGAGGGUCGAGGAGAGAACGAAUGAGCGGGUUUGGGAAGUAACACGUUACACUCGUAACGCGUUUCACUUCUUAAUAAGCGAUUUAAUUAAAUAUUUGUCGAGUAACGACAACGAGUAUAACUGUUAAUUUCACUGUUAUUUUGUACAUAGAAGAUAACUAUCGCGAUUUUCAUGCAUGUGUAAAGAUGAUGGCAGUUAUUAGACGUCACAACGGAAAUGAGGCGAUAAUGUGUUAAAAAAGAACAGGGAAAAAUUUCCAAAAAUUAUGCUGAGAAAAGUUCACGGAAAUUGUAAUAAUUUCCCUGAUAACGUUAAGAUGUCGUAAAAACGUCUUUCAGAUAAUAAAACGUCUAAGGGACAUCUUUGAGACGUUUUCUAGACAUAUAUGUUGUUCGGAGACUCGUUACUUCUCGGUAAUGAUAACGAUAGCGAUGACGAUAAUGUGUUACACGUUUCAAUGGCUAACCAACAAUGAGUUAUUUUCAAAAGGUAACUCUCCCAAUUCCGCAAAUAACUUAAAUACAGUCUACAAUGGGCAGUAGGAGUACGUUUAUAAGAAGUAGGAAUAAGAAAUUGACCAAUCAUGUUCGAAUGCAAGAAGAAUAAUCGAUUAUGAUUGGUUAAUCUCUUACCUUUUAUACGCAUACUCUUACUGCCCAUUGUAGACCUACGUCUUAUCCUUACCUCGGUUAAAUUGUGAAAUGUCCGUUAAAGAGCCACCGGUCCUAAAGCAUACCUCUCUCUCAAUCAUGCAUACAAAUUACAUGAAGAAGGUGCAUUCUUGCUAAACUCGUAUGGUCUAUUCUCUAGGUAAACGUAAAAGAGGAGGUUUCGCAUCAAUAUUUAAUCGAUCGAUCCGACAGACGAAUAGCUACUUAAUAAACGCGUUUCAUAAUAUUACUUUUAGAGCACGCAUCUCUGAGGAUCUUCAAUCGGCCGCCUUUAGGGCGGCGUCAUAUUAUCUUUACGCGCGCACCCGCGCACGUACCUAAUUAGAUCGAUGCGAUAAUAACGGCCGAUUUUCGCCUUUCCCUUUCUCCCCCUUCCCUCUCCUCCCAUCGUGAUAUCGUUAUUACUAAAUCCAAUGAAUGGAGGCUCAUUAUUUGCACACUUAACACCGGAGAAUCGAGAACGAAGAUUAAACUUAAGGCGAUGUAAUAUAGAGGUAGAAAACGGGGAUUGUGACAACAUGAGCGAGAUCGGCGAUUACUCUCUUCGCAUCGAUCCGAAAUAUACACAGUCUCUCAGUAGUGACCAAAAAACUUACAUAUAUAUAUAUAUAUAUACACACACACACACACACACACAUAUAUAUAUAUAUAUAU